UUUAGUCCCCUUGUACUGUACAAUGUCACAAUAUUUGGCUUUAGACAAACUUUGAAAUUCAACCGCACGCAGAAUAGUUUAUAAAAUCUCUCUUCCAAAAUAUUAAGGGUUUUACUUACUAAAUAACUCUUCCAAGGACAGCAGACGUGUAUCUAUAAAAUAAGCUAAAAAUUAUCUUGAAACAAAAAUAAAUAAAUAAAGUAGUUUCCAAAAAAAAAUAAAGAUAAAAAAGACUAGGCAUCGGAUAAAAUCAUGUAAAAAGAUUAAGGAAACAUAACCAUAAUCGAAUUUGAAUAGUUUUUUAAUUUCAAAAUUUGAAUAGCAUUCUAACUCUAUCUCAAUUCCUCUUUUUAAUUCUAUCUCAAUAAAUUUGAGUACACGUUCAAACUCAAUUUUACUAUUUCAACAUUUUCUUUUACUCGAGUUUCUCUCUUUUCAAAUAUUAGACUUUUUUCUCCAUGAAAGAGAUUGAGAAAGCUAUGACGAAGAACAUGGACAAAGAUAUCAAGAACAACAACAAUGAAAAAGAAAACAACAAGAAGAGAAAGAACAACAACAAGGAUGUUGGCCCCGAUUUCGAAGCAGAAGAAAACGAUAUGCUCGCUCUCUCGCUCAACUCUAAUCGUCCUCAAUCAAAACCUCGUCUAAUGCCACCAGUAGAUACACAGCUAACAGCAUCGUUGCCACUGCCGGUGCCACCACGAUCAUCCUCGUCACUGUCAGUGCAGCCAACACCCUUGUUCAUACAAACCCUAAUGCCUCAAAAACAUUCAUCUCAUCCUCUCCAACUCUCAUCCUCACACCCACUUUACAUGACUACACUACAAUCUUCCUCCUCCCCGUCCAUGCCCUUGCCCAAUCCCGGAGUUCCCACAUCUCGUCAUUUGCGUGCACGGCGGAACCCUACCCAAGGUCCGAGGGAGGGAAAGAGCGAGACUGUCCCGGCUCCCUUUCCGUGGGCUACCACAAGGCGGGCCAUGGUGCACAGUCUGGAAUACUUGUAUUCAAGGCAAAUCGUUACCAUCACAGGUGAAGUGCAGUGCAAGCGUUGUGAACGACAAUAUAAGAUGGAGUAUAAUCUGAAGGAAAAGUUUCUUGAGGUUGGGAGUUUUAUUGCUGGUAACAAGAGCACGAUGCGCGAUAGGGCACCGAGUGUGUGGAUGAACCCAGUUCUUCCUCCAUGCAAGUUUUGCGAACAAGAGAACAGCGCGAAACCGAUCAUAGGGGAGAAGAAGAAGGUGAUUAACUGGCUGUUUUUGCUGUUGGGGCAGAUGCUUGGUUGCUGCACGCUUGAGCAGUUGAAAUAUUUCUGUAAGCACACCAAAAAUCAUCGAACCGGUGCCAAGGAUCGAGUUCUUUAUCUUACCUAUCUGGGUUUGUGUAAACAACUCGAUCCCAAAGGACCUUUUGAUCGAUAA